CGUCCACUUUUUAAGCUCUCACCGCAAAAAUCCAGCUACCAACGACAAUGGCUUCACUGCCCAAACCCAUCACCGCCGUCCCCAUCCUCAUCCUCCUCGCCGCCUCUCUCUGCCGCGCACUGCCGUCAUCAGAGGACCCAGUUCCCGCCCCAUGGCCCCACCAAUUCCACUCCAUCCUGGUAAUGAACUACACCGGAACCCUCCAGCUCAUCGACCUCUGGUACGACUGGCCCAACGGCCGGAACUUCAACAUUAUACGGCACCAGCUGGGCUCGGUCGCCUACGACCUGGAGUGGAACAACGGCACCUCCUUCUUCUACACAUUGGACUCCGCCCGAGAGUGCAGAACCGUCCAAGUCGAAGUGGGUAUUCUCCGACCCGAUUGGCUCGACGGAGCCAAGUAUCUGGGUCGGCGACACGUGGACGGUGGUUUCUUGUGCAAUGUUUGGGAGAAGGCCGACUUCAUUACGUAUUAUGAGGACGUCGAUACGAAGCGGCCUGUCCAUUGGAUUUUCUACACAGGGAGGGAGGCACAUGUGAUGACGUUUGAGGUUGGGGCAGCGCUUGAGGAUGCAAAAUGGCAAGCCCCUGUGUACUGCUUUGAUAAGAAGAAAACUGAUACUCUAGUCCCAGAAGCAGAAGCAGAAGCAGAAGCUGAGUUUUCCAUCACUGGUGCUUCUAUAGAUUGGAGAUCUAUGAGAAAUUCAAAUCUUUUAGGAUUCAAUUUGUCGUGAUGUUCUCUACUUUUUUUCUUUCCCUUUCUUGUACUCAAAUUUUAUAAAAAAGAAUAAAUGAUCUUUGAGUUAUUUAAUUAAUCCAAGUAAAGAAUUAACGUC